GUUAAACCAGGACUUUAUUCUGAUAAAAGGAAUGAGGUAGAUAUCCAACUAACUUUUUUUGUGGUAAAAUAUAUAUAACAAAAUGUUCCAUUUUAGCCAUUUUUAAGUGUACAAUUCAAUGUCAUUGAUUCCAUUUAUAAUGUUGUGCAACCAUUACCACUGUUUCCAAAACCCUUUCAGCACCCCAAAUAGAAACUCUGUACCCAUUAAGCAAUAACUCCUUAUUUCCCCCUCCCCCUGGUAACUUCUGCUCUACUUUCUAUCUGUGAAUUUGCCUAUUCUAGAUACCUCUUACAAGUGGAAUCAUACAGUGUUUGUCCCUUUGUGUCUGGCUUAUUUCACUUAGCAUAAUGCUGUCAAGGUUGAGCUGUGUAUUGUAGCCUGUUACCAACUUCACUCCUUUUUAUGGCUAAUAUUUUUUUGUAUGUAUGUACCACAUUUUGUUUCUCCAUUCAUCUGUUAAUGGACACUUAGGUUGUUUUCACCUUUUGACUACUGUGAAUAAUUCUGCUGUGAACAUUGCUGUGCAGAUAGCCAUUGGAGUCCUUGUUUUUUAAUUUUUUUUGGAUUUGGACCUAGAAGUGGAGUUGCCGGUUAAUAUGGACAUCUUUGUUGCUUCCUGGUUUUGGCAGUUCUGCAUAAAGCUGCUAUGUGUCCUGGAUCAUAUGGAAAUUCGCAAUGAGUCCCAUGACUAUCCUCAUAGAGUGGCCAAGUUUCCAGAAAACAGAAAUCGAAACAGAUACAGAGAUGUAAGCCCAUAUGAUCACAGUCGUGUUAAGCUGCAAAAUGCUGAAAAUGAUUAUAUAAAUGCCAGUUUAGUUGAUAUAGAAGAGGCACAGAGGAGUUACAUCUUAACACAGGGCCCACUUCCUAAUACAGGUUGCCAUUUCUGGCUCAUGGUUUGGCAGCAAAAAACCAAAGCAGUUGUCAUGCUAAACCGAGUUGUGGAGAAGGAAUCGGUUAAAUGUGCACAGUACUGGCCAACAAAAGAUGAUCGAGAGAUGCUGUUUAAAGAAACAGGAUUCAGUGUGAAGUUCUUGUCAGAAGAUGUGAAGUCAUAUUAUACAGUACAUCUACUGCAGUUAGAAAAUAUCAAUAGUGGUGAAACCAGAACAAUAUCUCACUUUCAUUAUACUACCUGGCCAGAUUUUGGAGUCCCUGAAUCACCAGCUUCAUUUCUCAAUUUCUUAUUUAAAGUGAGAGAGUCUGGUUCCUUGAAUCCUGAACACGGGCCUGCAGUGAUCCACUGUAGUGCAGGCAUUGGGCGGUCAGGCACCUUUUCUCUAGUAGAUACCUGUCUUGUUCUGAUGGAAAAAGGAGAUGAUAUUAACAUUAAACAACUGUUACUGAAUAUGAGGAAAUAUCGAAUGGGACUUAUUCAGACACCAGAUCAACUCAGAUUUUCAUAUAUGACUAUAAUAGAAGGAGGAAAAUUUAUAAAGGGAGAUUCAAAUAUACAGAAACGGUGGAAAGAACUUUCUAAGGAAGACUUAUGCCCUGCUUUUGAUCAUUCACCAACCAAAAUAAUGACUGAAAAAUACAAUGGUAAUAGGAUAGGCCUAGAAGAAGAAAAACUGACAGGUGACAGAUAUACAGGACUAUCCUCUAAAAUGCAGGAUACUACGGAAGAGAACAGCGAAAGUGUUCUACGGAAACGAAUUCGAGAGGACAGAAAGGCUAACACGGCUCAGAAGGUGCAGCAGAUGAAACAGAGGCUAAAUGAGACUGAACGAAAAAGGAAAAGGUGGUUAUAUUGGCAACCUAUUCUCACUAAGAUGGGGUUUGUGUCAUUCAUUCUGGUGGGUGCUUUUGUUGGCUGGACACUGUUGUUUCAGCAGAAUGUCCUAUAAAUAAACAGUUCUGCCCAGCGAGCUGCUGGUCUAGUAGCUGACAGUGUUGCGUUAGUCCCAGGGUUUGUCUGUUAGCAGAUUCCUCGCACCCCAGAAACAGUGCGGUAGAAUAGACACCAGCCAGAUAAGUGAUAUGUUCAGUCUCCAGCCCAGCAUCUCAGGGCACUGUCCCCAAACUGUAAACGGCUAUCUGAAAUAAAAACUUGAAUGCUUGUUGAAAACUGGUACAUUUUGCAACUGUAUUCAUACAUGUUAAGCGUACUAUUUCACCUGACCAGAUUGAGAAAUCCUUUACCAUAAGGACUGGUUUUUGGAGGCCAACUGGAUUUUAACCUGCACUUGAUACAAGCAAUAAAUAUUGUGGUUUUAUCUACAUUAUUACUGGAAAGAAAAUGACCUUUAAAUAAUGCGUGUAAUGUAUAAUGUACUGUUGACAUGGACAUCGACAUUUUAUAUUCUUAGCCAUUUCAGGGUAAAUAUAUUUUAUAAGUAUCUAUUUAAUCUUACUUUUGUAGUUAAAUGUACUUUUUAAAAACUCAAUUUGAAAAAUCUGUUACCAUAAAAAAAUAAAUUGUGUGUUGAUUCAAUUGUACUGAAUACAUUUUCCUAAAGAGAAGUUUGAUACGAGCAGUUAGAACUAACUCUGAAUAAGCAAUUUUUACUAUAUAUUUGCAUUUCUUUUAUGUUUUACAGUUUUCCCAAUUUUAAAAAGAAAAAAAUUUUCCCUAAAAAUAUCUUUGAAGGAAAAUUCUCCUUACUGGCAUAGUCAGGUAACAUUUGGUCAAGACUUUGUGUAAAGAAAUUGGUUUCUGUAAAGCCCAUGAUGAAUACUGUUUUAAUUUUCAUGAAAAUUUCAGUGUAAUUACCCUAAUUUAUAAUUGGGGUAAAUCGUGACUUAGGAAAUAAAAAUAAGGAGCAGCAUUUUAUUAUCCAUGAUUUCAGUUUACUAGACUGAAGUUUUGAAGUAAAAUUUUUUUCAAGUUCUUUCUACUUCAAUAAAUAGUAUGAUGAUGUACAAA